AUGCAGAAAUUAAUACAGUUAUCUAAGCAAGUGUGUAAAACAGGUUUCAAGAAUAUCGGCUCGCCCAAAUCGCAAGCCAUGAGUCACGGAGUCACGGAUAUAAGUGAAUUGGUCGUUCGCGCACUAUCUUCCAUAUUGGAAUAUGAAAUCCUUACGCGCCACGCGACUGUGGCUUUUAUUGCCCGAGUUUUCCUGAAAAGAGUUGCUGAUAUCUACCCUCUUGAUAAAUAG